CACACACACAACAUCCUCGCCAGCCUUGCUGUGAACUUCCACCAUGCUGCUCCGGCUCAUUCUGCUAUUCUACACGCUCCAAGUUGCAGAUGCAGGACUGUUCCAAUACCCGCCCUUAGUCAGAGCCGAGGUCGGGAGCAGCAUAAACUUGACCUGCGAUAUCGAGGACAUGAUUGGAAAGUGUUUCACUGUCAUCUGGUUCAAACUGCGGUCCAAGAGCAUCCCGACCCUGGAAACGUAUCAAAGUAUUAAACCCGGUGGCAGCUUUGCAGGCGACGAAAUCGAGAAAACCUGUUCCCUGAACCUAAACAACGCGCAGGUGAACGAUUCCGGGACUUACUAUUGCGGUUUGAUUAGCAGCUCAGCUAUAUACUUGGGCAAUGGAUCCACGUUAGUAGUACGAAAACGCUCCGAUGACCGCGCUUAUAUUGAAAUCCUCACCCCUUCAGAGUCAGACGGAGAAGUCAAGUCCAGCGGCGCCGCUACUUUAGUGUGUCUGGUGUUCGGGGUAUCCGAGCAGGCUCGUGUCUACUGGCUCAUCAAAGGAGAUGUCAAACACGUACUGACUGACUCCGGGUCCGGAGAUUCCACUGAGUACACUCCGGAAUUUAUCAAGAAUCAGAUCACCAUCCCGGAGGAGAUCUGGAGCAGCGGGGCCGUGUGCACGUGUGUAGUGGAAACAGAGAGCGGGCGCAAUAUGAGCAAAAGCGUGAGCAAGACCGGGAGCGGUGCGUGUCCACUCUUCCUCUAUGGGUCGCUGGCGGGAGCUUCAUUUCUUCUAAUUACUUUGUUAGUUACACUGGUAAUAUGCUAUCGAAGACAGAAUAAACCAGAUGCGUAUUUGGCAAAUGAACGGGAGGACGUCAAACAAACACCUGUCAGGUCUAAGAAACAAACCACAGGGCAAUGUGAAAACACAGGUUCUGGUGGAAGGCAUGCUAGACCGAAGAUAAGAUCAGCGGUGCAGGAUGACGUGCAGUACGCCAGUUUGCAGUUCGAGGCGCGUGGGCGACGGAAAUGAAGACCGGGGCUGGACAGAUUAUUAGAAACACCUGUGCCAUGUAGCACACACUUCUGUGUAACUGCACUGUCCCUCGUAGCGCUGAAUAAUUCGACAUGCAAAUAGCAGCACCGCCUUGCAUUAUAUACUUGAAUAUAUCCAAUAAAUAUUUUUAAUAGCAUAAAAAUAAUUAAAUAUACUGUGUGCAAUCAGUCAUUUAAAAAUAAUUGAAACACCCCAUACAAAUCAUUAUAUCCUGAUUAAUUUCAUUUAAAAAUAUUGUACAAAUAUUUACAAUUAUUUAUUUGAUAGAAGCUGCACGUUUGCUGUAUCGCAGGGGUGACCAGCCCUGGUCCUGGAGAGCCACAAUCCUGCAGGUUUUCUUGGUGUCUGUAAAUCGUCAAUGGCUAAAGACCAGGGGCUCGAUGAUAUAUAUCAGUAUGAUUUCGUAUCAGGCUAGUACACGCCGGGAGCAGUGGCGGAGGAAUAGUUGGUACAGCCGGUCAAACUGCUCAGAAGACAGGAGUAUGCAACUUUGGAAAAAAAAAUAACAGUGAUGACAUCCUUCACAUUAAGAUUUGCAGAUGUUACAACCUUCAUUUUUGUGUCAUUGUAGUUACCGGUGCCGGUCAUUCACUUUGUAUCCUCCCUCGUUCCAACAAAGCAAUUCUCUUUUUUAAAAAAUAGAAAAUGGAUGGGAAAUUUCCUUUAAC